GUCAAAUUAAACAAGCCUGAGUUUGUGCAACCAAUUGUUUCAAAACAUAUUCAGCAACUAGCCGCUAAUGUUAAAACGCUCAAAGAGAAGCUUGAAUUUAACGACUUGGCUUCAAUCAGCAUGAUCAUCCAAGAGUUAAUUCAGAUUCUACAAGUUCUGGUAAUCACAAUAUCGAAAAAUGAUCUUCCGACAGAUGAUCCUCUUACUCAAGUUUAUUUAGACAGCUUGAAGGAUAUAUCUACAGACAAAUUAAAAAAUUUUCUUGGGCAGUUUGAAGGAUUAGAAAAUGAUGUAAUUAAGAUGGAUUCGCUUCUUAAUGAAUUGACAACUCAACAAGAUGCUAUGAUGGGAAAUGGUGGUGAAAUGACACUUCAUGAACCUAAUAAGGAUGAUAGUAAUGUUAUUGGGAGUACGGGAAUAAUGAGUGAAUGA